AUGGAGCUGAUCUGGUCCUCCGGCGCUGUCAACGGGCGCUUCCUCCUCCGUGCUGAAGGUACCGGAAUAGUUUCCUGGAUUUGACAAGAACAAUGGGGAUCCAAGGUUUGCUCCAAUUUAUCAAAGAGGCUGCCAAAUCUGCUCAUGUAAAGAAAAGCUAGCCAAAGGAGAACCCACAGAUCAAUAUGUAGCUUAUUGCAUGAAGCUUGGUGAUAUGUUUCUGUCAUUUGGGGUCAAACCCAUUCUAUUAUUUGAAUUCCCAGGUCAGAUCCUCCCUCUAUUGUGUGGGCAGGUAGUCCCUCCCCUACCUGGCUUGGUCUCCUUGGCAACCCUUUCCCCAGGCGGGAUUGGACAACUGACUGAGGUAGGCGGAGACCUCCAGGUAUCCCACGCAAAGGGCGCCCCCCGUUUAAUGUGGGGAGCGGUCAUUCUGGUAUUUGAUGGCUGUACCCUGCCUUCCAAGAAGAAAGUUGAAAAGUCGCGACGAGAAAAAUGGCAAGAAAACCUCCUAAAACGGAAACGGCUGCUUCAUGAAGGGAAAUUAUCAGAAGCCAGAGAAUGUUUUGCAUGUAGCAUUGAUGUUACACAUGCUAUGGCCUGUGAAGUGAUUAAAGCUGCCCGAGCCCGGGGAAUAGAUUGCAUUGUUGCUCCAUAUGAAGCGGAUGCUCAGCUCGCCUACCUUAACAAGACUGGCUUAGUUGAAGCUAGAAUUACAGAGGAUUCUGAUCGUCUUGCUUUUGAAUGUAAAAAGGUAUUUCUGAAAACUGACAAGUGUGGAAAUGGCUUACAAAUGAACCAGACUCGGCUUGGAAUGUGCAAACAACUUGGUGAUGUGUUUACAGAAGAGAAUUUCCGUUACAUGCGUAUUCUGUCUGGUUGUAACUACCUUCCAUCUCUUCAUGGUACAGUGGUACCUCAGGUUACAUACGCUUCAGGUUAUAGACUCCGCUAACCCAGAAAUAGUACCUCGGGUUAAGAACUUUGCUUCAGGAUAAGAACAGAAAUCAUGCUCUGGCAGCACGGCGGCAGCAGGAGGCCCCAUUAGCUAAAGUGAUGCUUCAGGUUAAGAACAGUUUCAGGUUAAGUACGGACCUCUGGAAUGAAUUAAGUACUUAACCCGAGGUACCACUGUAUUGGAUUAGGCAAGGCUUGCAGGCUGAUAAAAAUAGCCAAAAACCCUGAUAUUAUAAAGUCAUUGGGUAAAUGGGGCAGUAUUUGAAGAUGAAUAUUUUGGUACCAGAAGAAUACAUGCAAGGAUUUACUUGUGCUACCCAUGGUAUAAGGCAUCUUUUUAUGCUCCUGGAAGGAGGGCAAAGUCGGAGGGAAGUAAGUGCACAUCAUUCACAGUGAAACCAGGAUUCCCACUUGCUUCAUUGUAGAUUAAAAUUAAGUCACAACACUGGCUGCUUUCACAUCCACACAUCCAUAUUUUGACACAGAUACACAUUUUAUUGUCAGAAAACAAACAUGCAGCUUUUGUGUCACAUUAUAGCGGGCCGGAUUUAGAAGGCGAUUGGACCAGAUCCAGCCCUCGGGCCUUAGUUUGCCUACCCAUGAGCCUUAUUAUUCAUGAGUUUGUCCUGAGUCAGAGCACUGGUCCAUUUAACACAGUAGCGUAUUUUUCGCUCCAUAGGAUGCACCCAACCAUAGGACACACCUAGUUUUAGAGGGGGAGAGAACAAGAAAAAAAAAAUCUCUCCCUCUCUGCGCAGCGCCUCUCCAGCGAAGCGGCAGGAGAAACAGAGCCCCUUCCAUUUCUCCUCCCACUUCGCUGAAGGGGCGCUGCGCAAAGAGGGAAAGCUGCGCAGCGCCUCUCCAGCGAAGCAAAGCCAGGAGAGCAAGAGGGAUUGGUGCGCACCUACCCCUCUCGCUCUCCAGGCUUCAGUGAAAGCAACGUGAAGCCUCCGGAGAGCGGCGGGAGCGCUCCCGCUGCGCUUCAGAGGCUUCACGUUGUGUUUGUGAAGCCAUGGAGCCUGCAUUUCCUCCAUAACACACACACACAUUUCCUCUUAAUUUUUGGAGGGGGAAAAGUGUGUCUUAUAGAGCAAAAAAUAAGGUAUUUUAUUUUGUUUGCUCUCUUGGGCAUUAUAGUUCUCUAGAUGGGGGGGGCAUUCCCUGACCUGCUACUUGGAGAUACUGUAAGCACGUGGAACAGAUUCUGUGUCUCUGAGCUACACCCUUCCCCACUGGCACAACUGGAAGGUGUGUUUUUUAAAACAACAACAACAACAUUGCAGCUGCUCAUCGUUUUGCCUGCAGAACAUCAGCUUCCAUGCUUUACAAUGUAGCUUGAGCUUAGUAGCUUUCCCCACCCACCAAGGGGAACCAGCUGGGAGCAGCAGCUGUUGCUAGUAUGCAUCAUUGCGCCGGCCUGUUGCUCAGCCCUGUUCCCCAUUGCCACUUCUAGCCUGUGUUUGAAGAGAGCUUAGAUGUUGAAGAGACGAUGGAUGAGUUUUCCUAUUUCAUUAUUGUGCAAUUACGGCUUCCACCAGAAAGUCAUUCAUCUCACGUUAACCUUCUGUUUUAGGGCCUGCAAGUGCUCUGUAAACAUUUGCUUUUGACGGUCUUCAGUAAGUCCUGAGCUGUUGCAUUGCUGCCCUAACCCAAAGCGAAUGGUGUGCAGAAGUAACGGAAACUAGAAUUAAUUCGCAGGGCAAGGGAGUUAACGGUUAUUCAGCCAAGGUAUGAUGCCAGUUUUCUUGAACGUAGGAAGCUAUUGCUAUGUACACAGUUUGUAGCACAAAAAUGUAGUUUUUUUUCUCAAUCUGCAAAAGUUCCUGCUCAUCUUCAACAUGCUGUUUCAAACUAGAUUGAUUCUAUAUUUUUUUAAAAUGAUAUUUAUUGAGAAUUUUAAAGUUACAAAGAAAGAAGGAAAAAAACAAGAGAAAGAGAAAAAGAAAGAAAAAAGUAGAUAAAAGUAACAAUUAAACAAUACAAAUCAAUAAAAACCAACGUCAAAAAGAAAAAACAAAACACACAAUGCAUCAAAAUCAAAAAGCAAAAAUAAACAAAAAAUUUAAAAACAAAUCCAAUAUUCCCAGAUCCUUAACUGUCAUUAAGUUAUUUCAUCGACCUCCUCACACCUCCCUUUUUUGUAUUCUAGUUGUUAAUUAUCUCAGCAAAUCCUUUCCAUCUUUCACAAUAGUCUGUCAUUAAAUUACCUUAAUAUAUUUUAACCGUAUUUACCAUAAAAAAACCUAAAACUUAAAACUUAAAUCUUAUUUAUACCAAAUUCUCUUAACCAUAACAUAUUCUUACAUAAUUCUUUUAAACAUUUCUGCUAAAGCCAAAUAAUUUCAUUCCAACAUUUUUCUAAUACUCAUUAAUUUUACGAUACUUUUCUAAAUAAAUUUUUAAAAUUUUCUUCCAAUCUUCAUCCAUCGUCUCUUCUUCCUGGUCUCGGGUUUUGUCAGUCCUUUCUAUCCCAUCCAACUAGUCCAUCAACCUGGUGACCUUAUAUCCGAGGCUCUUAAGUCUCUUCCAUGUCCCUUCCUCAGGUCUUCUUCAUGUUUAUACCUGUACUUUACUUUGUCUUCUGCUCCUUUCACUCGGGGAGACUCCAGCUUAACAAUAUUUUUGUCCCUUCUCGACAAGUCAGCCCCUUUUCCAUAGUCAACACUGAAAUCCAUGUGAUAUUUAAAGGCAUGUUUCAAGGUCCCUCUAAAGUUAAAGGCCCCCGCAACUCCAAGCUCCCCCCGGCCCAAAGCCAGACUUGAAAGGUCAAAACAUCCCUGCAUAAGGGGGUCUGUCCAGUCCCCCAUCUCCAAGCCAAACUGGACUCCAUCUCUCCAAAUCUGACUUUUCCCAGGUUCAUUCGUCAAAUCCAACAACUCAUGUUCCUGCUGGGCCACAGCUCCCUCCAUCUCUGCCACCCGAGAUUGAUUCUAGAUCCUGGUGCCUACCAGGCUGGGUAUCGUUACUUGAAAAUCUUCCCCUUCAUUUGGUAACCUGUGCCUUUUCCAUUCCUGCAGAAGUCAAUGAAGAAGUGCAAGGAUCCUUCAUUGUUCUUGCACCGCUGUGGUUGACAGACAACAGACAACAACAUGAGUUGGGACAGUGCAUGCUGCUGUGAUGUCACAGAAUGUUUGCCCACAAUGAUUCUCUGUGUAAGUGAGGGCGGGGGGGGGGCGAGAGGGAGAAGUGGUUAAGGUUGCCAUAUUUCAAAAAGUUCCUGACAUGCAAAAUUGUUGAGCUUUUGGGGAGAAACACUGUUAGAAUUCCUGCUCCAUGGUUGCAGUUAUGGGAUUGUUGUCUAUCAUGUUUUGACUCCACAGAGUGGAAAGUGACCCCCAAAAUAGUGAUUUUUAGCUUUUGGAGCUAUUUCUACUGAUUUUUCCAUUGCGUUGCCAUACACCUGGGUUUUCCCUGACCGACGCCAUUUUUACACCCGAAAACCAGGACAUGUCAGGAAUUUUCCUGUUAUAUGGCAAGCCCAACGGUGGCAACUCUUGUCGCAUCUACUGAAGCGCUCAGAUAAACAACUGGUCUUCCAAUUCAUCAUCUGUUAGAGAAGAAAUUGGUUGUUGUUGGGUUUGCUGUCAUUAUUAUUAUUACUUCCAUUGUUUCGCAGCGCACUGAAUUUUCCGUGCAAUCAUUUUACUCCUUAUGCAAGCCUAAUCAAGCGGCCGCAGGGAAGGAAGUGCAAAAGAACAGCAAAAGGCCCCAAACAAAUCCCAGGUGA